CCCCCAUUCUAGACGCCGCACUUGAUUCGCUGCGGCGCGGCUGACUGCCGGAUUGUGGGCGCGCGUGAAAUUAGCCUGCGCUUGCAGGAGGAGAAGGGGACGACAGAGGAUGAGAUGGCUGGAUGGCAUCACUGACUCGAUGGACUGGUGUCCUUGGAUCCAGAACCAGUGUUCCCACAUCGCCUCCAGGAUGUCAGCUAGAGCCAUAGAGAGCGGGGAAGGCUAUGCCUUGGGCCCCCUCCUGCCAGAACUGCUGCCGGAAGAGGAAGAAGAACCUUCCCAGUCAACCAACCAGGCCUCUGAUGGCUCUUCUCCUGGGAAGGCACCACAGGGGCCACAUCAGGGGCCAGAUGGCUCUGGCUCUGACCCCACAGAUCCCCCCAAGUCGAAAGGCAGCAAUUUCUACCAUUAUGCAGGCAAGACUGCUGCAGCCGUGAUCGGAGGAGCCCUGGCCGUGGGGUCUGUUCCCGUGGUGCUGGGCGCCAUGGGCUUCACCGGGGCUGGAAUCGCGGCCUCCUCCAUCGCAGCCAAGAUGAUGUCAGCGGCCGCCGUGGCCAAUGGGGGUGGAGUUGCCGCCGGCAGCCUGGUGGCCACUCUCCAGUCCGUGGGGGCAGCUGGACUUUCCACAUCAUCCAACAUCCUCCUGGGCUCUGCUGGGGCAAAAAUUGGGGCUUGGAUGUGGGGUUCAAAAAAGAAGGCCCCUUCUCCACCAGGAUCCAGUACUGAAGAAGAGAGCGGUUCCCAUGCUGGAGACGACCCUCCAGGGCCUCAGGGUGUCAGUCCCCCAAAUGACAAGCCCUCUGCCUCCCAGAAUUCUUCAAAGAAUCAUAAGAAGUAAAAACAAGAUGCUAUGACCUUUCAUGAGUGUCCCUACUGGGUUCUUAUUUAUCAGACAGGGUGCAGGGCAUCUGUAGAGCCAGGGUAGAUGGGAUAUGGGCCAAGAACUCUAUAAGAAUGGGCAGUGAUAUCCAUGACAGGAAGCCAGGUCUCCUUCCACUCAAUUGUGACCAAAAGUGAAAGUGUUAGUCGAUCAGUCAUGUCCGACUGUUUGUGGCCCAAUGGAUGGUAGCCGCCGGCAAGGCUCCUCUGUCCAUGCAGUUGUCCAGGCAAGAAUCCUGGAGUAGGUUGCCAUUCCUUUCUUCAGUGGAUCUUCCUGACCCAGGGAUGGAAACUGUGUCUCCCACAUUGCAGGCAGAUUCUUUAUCAUCUGAACCACUGAGUGUGGCAAUCUUGUGGGUUUGAGCCCUUAACCCAUGGGGUUAACUCUAGUUUUUGUCAGAAUCAAGUUAAAUUUCAGGACACCCAGGUUCUAUCCAUAGACAACUAGAGUUUCUUGUAAAGGAAUCCACACGUCUGACAUCCAAAGUGGUCUGAGUGGCCAUGGUAUGGAAAAACUCUGUUUUCUCACCCAGUUGGCAAAAGUAAUUUAUGUCUGUGACAUCAUAAAUUACCUAGAGUUUUGCCCAGACUUCCAAAGUUGCUCCAAGUACCAUACAUUACAAACACAGGUACAGGGACUUCCCUGGUGGUCCAGUGUUUAAGAAUCCACCUUCCAAUGCAGGAGACAUUGGUCAGAGAAUUGGUGCAUUCCUGGUCAGGAAACUAAGAUCGCACAUGCCUGGGGCAACUGAUCCCCCAAGCUUCAACUACUGAGCCCAUGUGCCCUAGAACCCAUGGUCUGAGACAAGAAAACCCACCACAAUGAGAAGCCUGAGCACCACAGCUAGAGAAAGCCUGCACAGCAAUGAAACUCAGCACAGCCAAAAAGAAAUAAACUAAAUAAUGAAUAAGAUAUGUACAUGUGGUUAAAUGUAAUUAAAAUAGCAAGUUUGACUUUAUGUGACAUUUUACCAGAAAAACAAACAAGCAAAAUAAAAACAUAUGUACAUGUUAAAACACCGAA